GUGCGUCACAGAAUGGCCUCCGACACCCUGGGAGCCCCUGACGUGUCGGGGAGGAGCCCGGUGCGGGGGUACGCGGAGUGGAGCUCAGGGCUGCGGAAGGGAGCAGAGCUGAGCGGCUGGGCGGGCCUGGCCAGGCCAGCGGAGCAGAGACGUCGGUCGAGCGGCGGCGAACAUGCGCUUUUGACACAUUGGCGGCUUUCUUGAUCAUGGAUGGUGAAGAUAUACCGGAUUUUUCAAGUUUAAAGGAAGAAACUGCUUAUUGGAAGGAACUGUCCUUAAAGUAUAAGCAGAGCUUCCAGGAAGCUCGGGAUGAGCUAGUUGAGUUCCAGGAAGGAAGCAGAGAAUUAGAAGCAGAGUUGGAGGCACAGUUAGUACAGGCUGAACAAAGAAAUAGAGACCUGCAGGCUGAUAACCAAAGACUGAAAUACGAAGUGGAGGCACUAAAGGAGAAACUGGAGCACCAGUAUGCACAGAGCUACAAGCAGGUCUCAGUGUUAGAAGACGAUUUAAGUCAGACCCGGGCCAUUAAGGAGCAACUGCAUAAGUACGUGAGGGAGCUGGAGCAGGCCAACGACGACCUGGAGCGAGCAAAGAGGGCAACAAUAGUUUCACUGGAAGACUUUGAACAAAGGCUAAAUCAGGCCAUUGAACGAAAUGCAUUUUUAGAAAGUGAACUUGAUGAAAAGGAAUCUUUGUUGGUCUCAGUACAGAGGUUAAAGGAUGAAGCAAGAGAUUUAAGGCAAGAGCUAGCAGUUCGGGAACGACAGCAGGAAGUGACCCGAAAGUCUGCUCCCAGCUCUCCAACUCUGGACUGUGAGAAGAUGGAUUCUGCUGUCCAAGCUUCGCUCUCCUUGCCUGCAACGCCUGUUGGGAAAGGCACAGAAAACAGUUUUCCUUCACCAAAAGCUAUACCAAAUGGCUUUGGAACCAGUCCUCUAACUCCUUCUGCUAGGAUAUCAGCACUAAACAUCGUGGGAGAUCUCUUGCGGAAAGUAGGGGCUUUAGAAUCCAAGCUAGCAGCUUGCAGGAACUUUGCAAAAGACCAAGCAUCCCGCAAAUCCUAUGUUCCAGGGAGCGUUAACUGUGGGGUAAUGAACAGCAACGGCCCAGAGUGCCCAAGGUCAGGGCGAGCAACUUUCUUCCAUAAAGGGCAAGAAAAAGUCAUAUUUCCUACGUUGUUCAUGGGGCAGUAAACGGCUUUGAUCCAGCUCCUCCUCCUCCUGGGCUGGGCUCCUCACGCCCAUCGUCAGCACCGGGUAUGCUGCCUCUCAGUGUGUGAGUGCCCGGCCUCCAGGUGGGCCCCUGCCCUCUUCCAGCAGCCCAGGACACCUACGCCUCGUCCCUUGGUGCCUGGGUACAGCCCUGUGCCCCUCUGUCCGCCUCUUCACCGCUGGCAGAGGGCAGGCUGCAUGCAGUGGCGGCUGCUGGGCCCUGCCCAGCCCCAGGACUCUGCGCGAUAUCAAUACUGGCUAUUUUCUCUUCUCGCCGUAGUGCCGUUGGUUUCACAUGAUUGCACUUUUGUGGGUCCCAGGUGAUACACAUGUGUGUCACUCGAUCACUGGAUGUGGAAGUACCCGUUCAUCACAUCUGCCUCAGCCCCGUUUUGCUGUGCUGAUAGGAUUUAGUUGUGUUUAGGACAUUGCAGAUCUUCUAGACGUUCCCCUCAAUCAGGUUGAUAAGACCUAAGCUCCUGCCAAGCGUCUUCAGUGCUCACAAUCAUGUGUCCCCAGCCUCACCCCUGCAGUUCAGGCCUGUUUCUGGCAGUCAGGAACGUCUCUGAAUUAUGGAACAUUGUCUGUACCUUCUGACUUUAUGUAAGCAGUCCAUUCCAUUGCUUGUUUCUCAAAGCAGCGAGAUGCCUGUCUGAGCUGCAGGAGGCAGGGGCAGCUGGGACAUGGGCACUCCAGGGCUGGGCCUCUGUGUUGCCCUCUCCUCUGUGCCUCAGACUCAGGAGGCAGGUGGCAACCACCUCGCCAGCUUUCCAGGCCCUCAGUUCAAUGACAUCUCUCAGAGCAUUUUUGUUCUCUCCUCUGAAGGUCCGUCCACUUGCAUUGGGAAGGGUUGAGGGGCCUGAUUCUGGGGCUGCUGGUGCCAGCUCUUGGGGGCAGACUGGCUAGAGGUGUUUGUCCCUUGUCCCUUUGAUUAUUCUCAUGCUGCACUUACUGUUUACAUUUGUUUUCUUGUACAUAGGUUUGUAAACAUUAUUGCCUAAGAUAUUUGUAUAUAACUUGGGCUUUGUAGCUUUUAUUUAUUCAGACUCGUACGGCAUGUUAGUGACUUAAGAUGGUGUCCUACUCUGGGCAGCCGUAUAGGAUCAUCAUGUUAAAAGAAGAUACUUCCCUCCAAAAAAAAUCUUUUAAUGUGGAAACAAUAAAUUUCACAGAAAAAAAAAAA